CACAAUUUGCUCGAGUUUGACAACCGAGAUCCAGAAGAUAUCUUUCCUUUGGGCCUCUCUUCUCGAUCUCUCUUCUCUCUCUCUAGUCUCAUAUUUUCCAAGUUGGUACGAUCAGCAUUCCUCCUUCUUCCGAUUCCGAACCUCCACAGACUGCGCAGCACGUGAGCCCUCGCUCGCCUGUCUCCUCUCAAAGUUGAUAGUCGGCCAACGUCUCAAGCUUGAUCCACGUUUCCUUUCUUGACCGGCACAUUUGCCUCUUCCACGCUAUCGAAACUUCGCUCUCCUCCAUCGUAUUUUUAGAUCGAAGCAAAAAGAGAGGAAGACAAUGACUUUUGACUACGAGCGAUCGCUCGAGCUUCAGAAGCAUGCUGCUCUCGAGCAUGCGAAGCAAUAUGAGCAACCCAAGAAACAUGCCGUCGAAGAAGACUUUGAUUUGGAAAAGUACCCCGUCCGUGAGUGGAGCAUACGAAUCCCUGGACUCUCUGAGCCUGUGGCUUUCAAUCCCCUGGUAUCGUUGAUUGGCAUUGUCUUCUUGUGGGGAUUGGCUAUCUGGUGUAUCGUUGACCCGGAGGGAAGUUCCGAGGAGCUCACUGCUUGGAGAUCUCAGAUUACACUCAAAUUCACUUGGCUCUUCAUUGGUACACGAUGCGUCUUCUUUUUCUACCUUCUUUUCAUUGCCUACCGCUUUGGCCACAUCAAGCUGGCCCCUACUCCUGACGAAGAACCUGAGUUCUCUACUGGUUCCUAUUUCAUGAUGAUAUUUGCUGCUGGAGUGGCAGUUGCUCUCUUUGUCUACGGUGUUGCAGAACCCUUGUGGCAUCAAGGCAGCCACUAUAUGGCCCAACAAGCCUACCGUACCCAGGAUGAGAUUGAUCAGUUUGCCAUCAACAUGACAGUGACCAACUGGGGCUUCACUGCUUGGGCUCCCUACCUCAUCGUGGCGAUUGCUCAGGGCUUGGCUGGUCAUCGCUACGGUCUCCCAAUGACGUUUCGCAGCUGCUUCUACCCCAUUCUUGGCGAGUAUACAUGGGGAUGGAUGGGAGACGUUGUCGAUGGAUUUACGAUUGUUACGACAGUGGCUGGUGUCUGCACUAGCCUUGGGUUGGGAGCCAUCAACAUUGUGGCUGGUUUCCAAUUCUUGAGAUGGGUGGAUCAAGACAUUGACCAAGACCGCCUUACGUUGAUUCAGAACUUGACAAUUUGGGGGAUCACUGCCAUGGCGACAGCGUCUGUGCUCAGUGGUUUGCACCAUGGUGUCCAGAUGCUUUCAAAGGUUGCCUUUGUCUUUGGUUCACUCUUGUUCUUCCUUAUUUUCGUAAUGGACAACACCAAGUUCCUCAUGAAUCUUCAGAUCCAAGAAGUUGGUUACUACUUGCAGUGGAGUCUCUUUCAACUCAACUUUUGGACCGAUGCCUUUGGGCAGCUGCGAGAGGGCGAGGGUCGUGCUGUUGAUAGUCAAGCCAGUGAAGCCUGGUGGAUGGACGCCUGGAUGGUCUUUUAUCAGGCCUGGUGGGUCGCUUGGGCUGCCUUUGUCGGUCUCUUUAUCGCUCGCAUCAGUCGCGGAAGAACUGUCGGCGAGGUGAUCAUGUACUCUCUCAUUGUACCAGUCCUCUAUUGCAUCCUGUGGUUCUCUGUCUGGGGAGGUGUUGCCCUUCGUCAGUCACGCCAAGCUCUUGAACUCGAAGCCCUUGGCACCAGUAUCUACAACAACUCUCUUCAUUUCGCCGUCCCUGGAAGCUCCUUCUGCUUUGAAGUACCCCAGGAAACCGUCUACGGCCCUGGUGACCCUGAAACCGCCGUGUUUACCAAUCAUCUUCCCGGUGUGACUCCAGUCUGCCAAUUCGACUCCUCAAACGCUGAAGCCUCUGCUUACAACGUCCUUUACAGUUUCAGUUUCCCCGAGUACUUCAGCGGAGAUGGAUUGGGGCCCUUUAUGAGUGUCAUCUUUAUCAUUGCCUUAGCCAUCUACUUUGCUACAUCCAGUGACUCUGGGUCUCUCAUUGUCGACCACUUGGCAUCAAACGGCCGAACACGCCACCACUGGAUCCAGCGUCUUUUCUGGGCUGUGACGGAAGGCGCUGUCGCCACUGCUUUGCUGAGUGCAGGUGGUUCCAAUGCACUGGUUGCUGUUCAAGCAGGGUCUGUCAUUGCAGGGUUGCCUUAUGUGGUUCUGCUGUGCUACCUCUGCCAAUCCAUUUGGGUCUUUUGUCACGCAGGAGACAAGCAGGCCACGGGUGAAUACAUUCUUCCCAAUCAACAACCAGAAUUUUUCUUCCCCAUCUAUGGUGGCGUUUUCAACGUGUUUGAGUACGCUGCCAGUCUCGGAAAUGUCAAUCCACAACGCGUGGAACGUGAGAUGCACCUUCCCAACAACCUUCAAGUGAAAGAGUUCGCCAAGGGAAUCUUUGUUCCCUUUGUCAGCUUGCAUCAAGUCCUCUCGGCAGCCUACCCCCGAAACCGUUUAUCCAACAUGGCCUGUGCCGCUGGUUACGGAGUGCUUUAUGCUACCUGGAUUGGAUUAUUCAUUGCUGUACUUGGCGGAAACAAGGGUGUGAAGGGAUGGGCCUGGGCCUUUUUCUUUGCAGCCAGCAUUUUGUUGGGAUCCCUUCGCAAUGGGUUCCGUUGCCGAUACAACAUUCGCUCCAAUGCUCUUGGUGACUUUUUGGCAUCGUUGUUCUUGUGGCCUCAGGUCUUGGCACAGCUAAGGGUUCAAUGCAUCACAUUGGGGCUGCCAGUUGACAAGACAGACGAGGUUGAGGUUGCACCAUUCAAGCUUGAAGAAGCGACCGAAACCAAGGGAGUCCGCUCCAGUGAAGCCUCUGAAGAAGUGAGCCCAGCAUCCUUGUCUCCAUCGGAGAUGGAGUUCCCCCAGACAGAGAUCGUUGCCUGAACCAUGAUUGCUAGUAGGCGUUGACUUUGUGUUAUGAUUACUGUCUGUUUACUUAUUGCACAUUAUUAAAGAUUAAAGUUAGCCAGAAUUGUUUCAUC